AUGGAAGGCGAGGCAAUGCGCAAGUUCUUCUCGAAACGCAAAUCAGCUACAGGCCGUGUAGAUCUCCGCGGCGGUGGGCGAGACCAUUCGGCGGCGCCAGCACCCACUGAUCAAGCAUUGGUGUUAUCGUCAACAACAAAGACAAGUAUGCCAACCGAAGCAACCAAGGCCUACGGACCACUGGUACUGAGCGACCCCGAUAAGGCAGUAGUGGAUAUCGUCUUCAUCCAUGGCCUUGGAGGAGAUCGAACAGGAACUUGGACAGAGCGUACGGCGGAUGACAAACAAAAUCCGUGCUUCUGGCCCCGCGAUCUGCUUCCUAUCGACCUUCCUGACGCACGCAUCAUCACAUGGGGCUAUGCUGCAGCAACUAUUAAGCCGUUGGGUGUCGUGUCGAUUGCAAACCCAACGCAGCACGCGGAGAAACUCUGCUCAGAGCUAGCAAGCCUCCGAGUUGAUGUCGUUGAUCGCCCGAUCCUUUUCGUCGCUCAUAGCAUGGGUGGUAUUGUAGCUAAGAAAGCCCUUCUCAAUUCGCAAGACUCCAAUGUGGACAGUAUCGCGCCAUUGGUAGAUGAUACACGCGGCAUCAUUUUCAUGGGUACGCCUCAUUGCGGCUCGAAGUCGGCUGACGUAGCCUCUUUCCUCGCCAAAAUUGUUCGCGCCUGCAUCUUUCAGCAAGUCAACCCUUCGAUGAUCAACGAGUUGCAGAGUCAGGACCCGCAGCUCAAUGAACUCCAGAGCCACUUCCAUCGGUUGAUUGUCAAGCGCAUCAAAGAAGAUAGCGCCAUAGAAGUAUGCUGCUUCUGCGAGAGCGUCCCUUUGUCCGGAUUUGGUAUCAUUGUUCCAGAUUACUCGGCCGCUCCUCCGGGGUAUGAGCGUAUCGUUGUGGAUGCGAAUCAUGUGGAGAUGACGAAAUUCUCGAAAAGAGAGGACCAGACAUACAAGAAUGUACUGGCGGAGCUGCGGCGAAUGAUCGAGUUGACGAAGGAGCAGCGCAGAGAUGAGAGCGACCCUAGCAUGCAGAGAGGCGAUGUCGCCCACGUUGGUAACAACGAUCGAGGUGCCUUGGCCAACUACGGAAGUCAGACCAUCGGUACGGGUAAUGGAGGCUCAACCCAUUACGGUAAGUGA